AUGAACGGAGCUGUAGAAGCCACCAAUAAGAACUUAAAGAAGAUUUUGAGGAAAAUGAUUGAUAAUCGCAUAGGUUGGCAUGAGAUGUUGUCGUAUGCUUUGUUGGGUUAUCGAACGACUGUCAGGACAUCAGUUGGAGCUACUCCAUAUUUGCUAGUAUAUAGAAUAGAAGCAAUUAUACCUGCAGAAGUUGAAAUACCUUCAUUGAGAAUCAUCCAAGAAGCUGAAUUGAAUGAUGUUGAAUGGGUUCGCAAGCGGAUUGACCAGUUAACAUUGAUUGAUGAGAAGAGAAUGGUUGCGGUUUGUCAUGGUCAAUUGUAUCGACAGAGAAUGAUUCAUGCUUUCCACAAGAAAGUAAGAGCCAGGAUAUUUGAAAUUGGUCAGUUGGUUCUCAAACGCAUUUUCCCUCAUCGGGAUGAGUACAAAGGGAAAUUUGCACCAAAUUGGCAAGGACCCUACAUGGUUCGCAAAGUGUUAUCUGGAGGUGCCUUGGUCCUGUCAGUGAUGGAUAGCACUGAAUGGCCAAAAUCGAUUAACUCAGAUGCUGUCAAAAGAUACUAUGUGUGA